AUGAGCGACGACACUUCAAGCCCGCUGACAACCCUCAAAAUCCUCAUUAUCGGGGAGAGUGGCGUAGGGAAAUCGAGUCUAAUGCUCCGAUUCGUCGACGACGUCUUCGAUCCUGAGCAAGCUGCCACUAUAGGCGUCGAUUUCCGUGUAACCUCGAUGGCGAUCGACGGGAAUCGUGUGAAACUCGCCAUUUGGGACACCGCUGGUCAGGAACGCUUCCGUACUCUCACUCCCAGCUAUUAUCGUGGCGCACAGGGCGUUAUUUGUGUUUACGAUGUGACGAGUCGGAGUUCGUUCGAGAAAUUGAAUCAUUGGAUGACGGAAGUCGACACGUACUGCACAAAUGAUAAUAUUAUUAAGAUGAUGGUCGCUAAUAAGAUUGAUAUGCCGAAUCGAGUGGUAUCCCGCGAGGAAGGUCUAAAAUUCGCGAAACGUCACCGAACGCUGUUCAUCGAGGCGAGUGCGAAGACCCGAGAGGGCGUUCAGUGUACAUUCGAGGAGCUCAUCGAGAAGAUUAUUCAAACACCGGACCUCUGGGAUAACGACCGGCCGACAUUCCGUCUCGGACAGCCAACGGACACAUCUGGCGGCGCGUUGUGCGGUUGUUAA